AUGCCAGAGUCUCGUGUAACAACACGACUAUCCCCAGACGACAAUGAUCCCCUUUCCAUUCAUCCUCCCAUCUUCGAGACGAGCGAAGAGCGCGCGGCACGACUUGCAAGCGAGCAACAUGCUAAGGAGGUGUCGGACAAUAUUGACGAGGAGCUGGAGCAGCAGCGCGUGUUAGAGGGCAAGGGGCCUAAACCUAUCAAAAUUCUCCUACUAGGACAGAGCGAAUCUGGCAAAUCUACGACUCUCAAAAAUUUUCAGCUGAUGUAUGAUCCCAAGGCAUUUCGGGAGGAACGCGCUUCUUGGCGCGCCGUGAUUCAACUGAACAUUGUUCAGUCCAUUCGUACCAUCUUGUUGGCUCUGGCAAGGCUAGAAACCGUUCAAAGCCAACACACCUCAAGUUCUUCGAGUCUGAGUCCUAAACGAUCUCAUCCUCUUCUGUCUCCGGAGCUCUUGACUAUCAAAUCGCGAUUACAACCUCUGGCUGAUGUCGAACAGAACCUUGUUCGGCGCCUAACUGGAUCUGGAGAUGGGUCCUCGCAACGCUCUGGCUAUGGUGUAACAUCCGACACUACAUCGACGAAAGGUGCUCUCAAAGAAAUUGCUAUUAACGCGGCUAUACCCUGGAAGAAUGCCUUUAGUAGACUCAGAAAAUCUGAAGAAAGGAGCAGCCAGGAUGAUUCGGAUGGGAUUGACUGGGAAGAUCCUGAUGACCCCUGGCCUAUCCUAAACACUUGCGCCCCCGACAUGAUUGCACUGUGGAAUAAUCCCAAUAUAAAACAGUUAUUGGUGAGGCAAAAUUUAAGAAUAGAGGACCUAUCUGGAUAUUUUUUGGAUUCACUGGAACGCUUGACGGCUCCUCGAUAUGUCCCCACGGAUGACGAUAUUCUCCAUGCUCGGCUAAAAACGCUAGGUGUUAGCGAAUACAUCUUCAAAAUAUCUACCAGUGGCACAGUGAGAGAUUGGAAGGUUUAUGAUGUCGGCGGUCACAGAUCCCAGCGAGGUAUGGCCUUAUCCUGCUAA